CAAAAUGGCGUCUUUCACGGGAUAGUGAUUACCUACAUCCGCCGCAUACUGUAGACUGAUAAAAAUAAUCGUGGUUUUGAAAAAUUUUAUGUGCGAGUACUGUUUGUGAACUAUAUUGUAAAGUGAUUGUGCCAAACUAAUUAUAUCGUGCAAUUUGGAAUUACAUAUCAUCGUUUUCGUCAAGUUUCUACAAGACACAUGCAGCGGCGCGGUGCCACGAUGGGCAAGGACGGGUGAGGUGCGCGCGCGUCGCAACGACGCGCAUCGAGCAACAUGUCUUUUUUUAAUAAUCUCAAGAAGGUGCUGCACCUCGGCAGCGGCAACGAUGCGAAAAAGAAAAAAGUGUUCAGCAACAUUCGCGACAACAGCGACCCCAAUGACAAUUGGGAUAUGAUCGGCGAGCUCGGCGAUGGAGCGUUCGGCAAGGUCUACAAAGCGCAACACAAGACCACCGGUCAGCUGGCCGCGGCGAAAAUGUGCGUGCUCGACAACGAGGACGAUCUCGCCGAUUUCACGGUUGAGAUAGACAUACUAACAGAGUGCCGACACCCGAACGUGGUCGGGCUGCACGAGGCGUACUUCGUGGACAACAAGUUGUGGAUGCUGCUCGAGUACUGCGACGGCGGCGCGCUGGACUCGGUGAUGUCGGAGCUGGAGAAGGGGCUGAGCGAGCCGCAGAUCGCGUACGUGUGCCGCGAGAUGUGCGCCGGCCUCGAGUUCCUGCACUCGCGCCGCGUCAUACACCGCGACCUGAAGGCCGGCAACGUGCUCGCCACCAUGGCGGGCGGCGUCAAGCUGGCUGACUUCGGCGUGUCCGCUAAGAACAAAUCGACGCUGCAGAAACACGACACGUUCAUAGGCACGCCGUACUGGAUGGCGCCUGAAGUGGUGCUGUGCGAGACGUUCCGUGACAAUCCGUACGAUUUUAAGGUGGACAUCUGGUCGCUGGGCAUCACGCUGAUCGAGUUCGCGCAAAUGGAGCCGCCCAACCACGAGAUGACUCCCAUGCGUGUGCUGCUCAAGAUACAGAAGAGCGAGCCCCCAGCGCUGGACCAGCCGAGCAGGUGGAGCAAGCACUUCAACGACUUCAUAUCGAAGGCGCUGGUCAAGGACCCAGAGAAGCGUCCGACCGCCAGCGAACUGCUCAAACACGACUUCGUCAGUGGCGAACUGGACUCGAAGCCGCUCCGCGAGCUGCUGCUCGAGUACCGAGCUGAGGUGGUGGAGGAGGAGCUGCUUGAUGACGAGUCGGAGGAACAUCGCAGCUCUCAAAUGCAGAUGGAGAUAGAAGAUGACUCGACGUCCGUCCGGUCGGGCGAGACGCCAGACAUCAAGAUGUCGGAGCCCGAGCCGGCUACGGGCGCAGCGCCCGCCCCCCUCCGCCCCACGUCCCCACCGUCCCCACGCGCUGCUUCACCCGCGCCCACGGCCACGCCCACGACUGGAAGUGUGGGCGUGGGCGCAUCGUCGGUGCCGGCCACGAAGCGGCCGCACGACGACGACCAGCCGCACGCUGACAGGAAGCCGCCCGCCCCCAAGAAAGAGAAGGGCCCCGCGCCACCGCCGCCCGCGUCCCUCGCAACCACCCCGACACCCGUCACACCCACAACCCCUCUAACCCCCGCAACCCCCUCCAAAACCCCCUCUACGCAAACUCCAACCCCCUCCACCCAAGCAACCCCAGCUGUAACCCCCGCUAUAACCCCUGUAACCCCAGCUGUGACCCCUGUAGCCCCCGUAACCCCCGUAACCCCGGUGACUCCGCCCCCAUCACAGGUCCGCGGUGUGCGAAAACAACCGGCUCCCCCCCCGCCGACGCCCGCAAGUCCGACCACGGCGGGCAAGUUUAUUGUUGACCAGGUGUGUCGAGAAGCAGAGAAGGCGGUCGAGAAGAAAUCACAAAUCACGGAAAAGAUAGAUGUAUCAGAAAAAGACAAACCAAAGCCAGAUAGAUUAGAAAUCAAAGAUGAUAAAACGAACGCUGACGUCGACAGGCAUAAAGCUAAAAACCUCGACGUCAACAGAAAUAGUACAGAAAUAGAUAGAAACAGAGUCGAAUAUAAGGAGAAUAGAAAAAGUACUGAAGUAGAGAAGAAACUCGACAUAAAACUGGACGUAAGAAACAGCACGGACUCGGAAACGCAUAGAGUCGACGCGAAUAAAAGAAAAAGCACGGAAAUAGAACAUAAUAGAGUCGACGUCAAAACUGAUGGAAAUGACGUCAAUCACAAAGUCGAAGCUAAGACGGAAGUUCAAGUUGACGUCAAAAAUGUUGACACAAACAAAGUUGACGUCAAACGAAAUAGUACAGAUGUCAAAAGAAAUUCAGAAGUCAAAAGAAAUAGCGCAGAAGUCAAAAGGAACAGCGCGGAAAUUAAAAAGGACAUAGAAAUCAAAAUAAGCCCUGACGUAGAUAAGAAAACGAGUGACGUCAAACGUAGAAGCAUGGAGAUAAACGAAGCGGUCAAACACAACGAGAAAGUCAAAGUGAGAAAGAGUCUCGAUGACGUCAGAGUUGUGGAAGAGACAGCUGACGUCACAGAUAGAGAAGACAUAAGAAGUGAGAAAGAAAGAGCCAAGUCUACAGAUGAGUUGGAUAGAGCAGAUGGGAAGAGAGUGAGCGCGGAAGUGAGUCGGAUAGAGUCGAGGUCGAGGUCCGUGGAUGAUAAGGAUAGAGUAGAGAUGGGAAGAGUUAUAAGAGAUUACGCGAGGUCGGGUUCGAUUGAAGAGAAUAAGGCGCAGAGCUCGUUCGAGAUUCGGCCGGUUUCGGCGCAGUCCCGCCAAGCUGUCACAGUAGUUUCAGUGAGCGCCGAACCGAACUCCCUAGCGGCCGCUCCGUGCGGGCUCGUGACCGUGACCACCACGCACCCGCCCGUGCUGACCACCGCUAAACGGUUACCACCCAACGCGGUCACCAUAUCGAGCACACCACCCAUAGCUGAUGAAGUGGUGAUAGUGGGCGGCGGUACGGCGAGCGUCAUCACCGGCGGCACGACCGGCUCAUCAUCUGAUGAUGAUUGCUUCGCGCCGUCCAGUCUCGACUCACUAGACUGCACCGCGUGUUACACGGAGAAAUCCCGCGGCCGGCGCUUAGACAGCAGCGAAGUACUAAUACUGAGCCCCGGCGCGGGCGAUUCGGGCGUGUUCGACGAUUCGCACAACUUGAAUUUGGACACGUCGCACGUGUCAGUGGUGGAGGUAGGAACGUCUGAAGUGCGUGUUAGAGAUUCGGCAGCCACACAUAUAGCGUUACCGGCAGACAGUGCAAGACUCAGCCCGGAUAGUUUUGAGAGUCGGCGUUCAGACAGCGGUUCGGGUCGAUCGGAACGGUCGAGACACUCGCUAGCAACGACCGCGUCGCACGAUUCCACACUUCUCAAUGGCGGCAAUAGAGUGAACAAAGACAACCAGAGCAUAGAGGAGAACGGCGAACCGGAAGUUGUGUUACGGCGGAAACCGCAGGAGAACGUAAACAGGAUACAGAGGUCGAAAGAAGACAUCCAUAUGGCCAAUCUUAAGAAGAAAACGCGCAAGCGCACGAGAAAGUUUGAGAUCGACGGUGUGGUCGUCACCACUACCACUUCUAAGGUGAUAUGGGGCGACGAGGAGAGCGGUCGCACGUGGGACGACCACGCGCUGCGCAAACAGGAGCUGCGCGAGAUCAAAAUGCUGCAGAAACAGGAGCAGAAGCAGUUCCAGGACCUCAACGCUAAAGAGCAGCAACUGCGCGAGCAGCAGGACAAGAGGUUCGAGGCGGAGCUGGCGUCGCUGUGCCGCGCGCACGAGGCGGACCUGGAGACGCUGGCGCGCGCGCAGCGGGCCGCCGCCGAGCGCGCCGAGCAGCAGCUGGAGGGCGAGCUGCGCGCGCACGCCAAGCGCCUGCGCGCCGACCACGAGCGGGACCUGCGCCACUUCCGCGACGGGCUCAAGCAGGAGCUGCGCCUGCUCAAGCAGGAGGUCGAGCUGCUGGCCAAGGAGCGCCGCAAGGAGGCCUACCGCGCGCGCCGGGCCCGCCUCGACGCCGAGCACGCGGCGCGCGAGCGGGCCUUCGUGGCCGCGCUGGCCGACGGCGCCGACGCGGUGCUGCGCCGCGUGCACGCCGCGCACCGCGAGCGGCAGGCGCUCGCCGACCGCCAGCACCUGCAGCAGCGCCACCAGAUAAUGCGCACGCGCGAAGCAGCGCUCUGGGAGCUGGAGGAGAAGCAGAUACACGAGCGGCACCAGCUCGCCAAGCGGCAGCUGAAGGACGAGUUCCUGCUGCGCCGGCACCAGAUGCUCGUGCGGCACGACAAGGAGCUCGAGCAGAUCAAGAGGAAGAACCAGCGCAAGGAGGAAGAGUUAGCCAAGUGCCAGGCGCUCGAGAAGCGUUCGCUGCCGAAGCGUAUUAGAGCUGAGCAGAAGGCGCGCGAGAUGAUGUUCCGUGAGUCGCUGCGCAUCGGCGCCGCGCACCCGCACGACGACGAGCGCGAGCGGCUCAAGAAGUUCCAAGAGAACGAGAAGCGUCGUUACCGCGCCGAGCAGCAGCGGCUCGCGACGAAACACGCCAAAGCGAGGGAGGAGCUGAAGGCCGCUGGGGAGGCGUUGCUCCGCGAGCUGGAGCAGUACCAGAACGAGAAGCGCAAGGCGCUUAUGAACCACGAGGGCAGCAAGAUGAAGGCGAUAGAGGAGAGAUAUGCGGGCGAGUUGCGCGACUGGCGCGCCACGCUCGGCGACCGGAGACAGGCUCUGGACGACGAGUUCGCAUCCCAACUGGAGGAGCAAGAGCGUCUCUCGGAGAACGCUCGUCUCCCGCUUCCAACGUCAAGCAUGCCACAACACAGCUCCACGCUACACUCGUCGCGGACCAGCCUCACGUCAAGUCACUACGAGUGACAGCUGUCAACUGUCACCCGGCAGCUGUCAAACGUCAGCUGUCAGCUGUCAAUUGCAAAAUUGCCGCCAAAAUAAAGAUGUGGAUAAAUGACAUUCGAUUCUUUUUCUCUACUAAUCUCGAACGCGAGUAGAUUGUAAAAGAGUACUAUUGUGUUCUUUAUCGCUAAUUGUUUUAGAUUAUGUGACGCGUAGUUAGGAUACACGAGUUUAAUAACAUAUUGUGUAUUUAUUGUUUUUCACAAUAAUUUAUUUUAUCUUAAUGUGUACGGUUAGGGAACUGUUUCAUUGCUAUUCCUUCAAUGAUUAUCUGUACUUUCCUGUCUGCGGCUUUGAUGUAACGACGUUCAAUGCUUUCUAAUUUUUAGGUCAAGUAAAAGGGACGUAUUAAAAUUAUAGUGAAUUAGAGUUAUUCCAAAAUGUAACUUAAUAUACAAGUCACUGAAAUUUUAAAUGAAAUUAGGAAUUGUAAUCGAAAUUACUAUGUAGAACAGAUUACAUAUCUGUCAAAUUGGCGAUCGCUUUUGUUUAUUAUUGAGAAGUGCCAAAUUAUAAUAUUUACCAGUAAUGGCUACUUAAAAUUUGGAAUGUUAAAAGAAUGUGUGCACCGCAUAGGUUUUUGCGUGAAUGAUUAGGUCUAGGCGUGAUUUAGGUAUAGGACUUGAUAGGAAUUGAUUAAACGCGGUGCUUCUCUGAGACUGCUUUUAACAUCAUGGGGUGCUUUUGCGUCGUAUGAAAUAGCUAGAUAAAGAAAAAAAAUUGUAGGCCUAAUGUGUUCCUGACUAAGGCAUUUUCAAACUUCGAAUUAUUAUGGACAGACCCUUUAUAUUUUAUAAUUUUUACGAAAUAUUCCAUAGAAUAAAUAGAAUAGUGGAUACAGAUAACGUAGUCAAAAUUUUUGUAAGUGUGGUGUAUAUUUGUACAUACAAUGGAGUUCGGAUAGUUCGAUAUCUGACGUGUAGAUAUUAGGUGGAAAAAAAAAUAUUUUUUCAUGUACAGUAUUUUUUAAUGUCUUAACAUGUGCCUACUUAAUUUAGAGACGCUAAGCUUUGGUGACGUUCUUUAUUUUCGUUCUACUUAUAUUAAUUGUGUUUUAAUAAAGUAUGAUACAUUUUUUUUUUUCAAUUUUUAAUCUAUAGGUUAACCAAAGACGAAAAUUUCAGAACUAUACGCCUAGUCUCCGACUUGUCUAUGACUUCCUAGAUUUGACAACGAUUUAACCUUCUAAUUGCACUAAUUUUAUUGUUUAUGCGUAUUCCGUGAUGUUCACAGGUUUCUUAAGGCUGGUUGCAGAGCUUGACCGACCGUCAGUGCGUACCGUCGGUCCUGACGAUACGCAUCAACAAUUGUAUGACUAUGACACUAAUGCGCAUGACAAUACGCGUGCGUAUGGUCGGUCUAGCUAUGAACGGUUUUAUGAAUUUCCAUACAUAUGACAAGCGCGACUGACGUACGCACUGAUGGUCGGUCAAGCUCUGCAACCAGCCUAAUUUUAUCUUUAAAAAAAUGUAAGUCUGUGAAAAUCUGGAUCUAUGCGUUUUUUUAGGAUAAGAUUUGUUAUUCUCUCACAUUCAUGAGCUGUUAACACGAGAACGAUUUUAAAAGUUUAAUGGUCAGUUAUAUUAAUAAUGCCAUUGCUAUUAUUGUCAUAUUUUGUCCAUUUUCGCCUUGACCGGUGAGAUAUUAUCUCUGUAUUACGUCCUUCUAUUCAACCCGGGAAAUACGGGUGUGAUUACAUAUAUUUUAGUAUUUUAAUACAUUAUGAAGCCUGGAUUUUCUAUAGAAUGUUUUAACUUUCGUGUAGACGGCUCGCACUGCACUCACUAACCGUCUCGACCUUCCGGCCAUUAACCUCCCAUCAAUACGCUUACACCGUCAUAUGUACAAACAUAUCUUAAGAAAUGAUGUUUAUUUUCUAUGUAACAUAUCGCAGUUAACAGUUAGGACGAUAUAUUUUGUUGUAAACGCGGCAUAUACGAGGUUGCACUGGGCUGAAUUAAGUUGACGUUUAAAUUGGCGCGAAAAAAAAUCGACGAAUGACUAACGUUUCGAUUGGCGCGAAGUUUGACACCUGUCAAGAUAAUUUUUUAUUUUUUAAUGCAGCAAAAACUUCGUAUAUGUUCGCUUCGAAUUAUAUAAGGAGCCUGUUCACUGUUAUAUAUUUUAGUUAGUACAUGCACCCAUAGUAAUUCGCCAAGUCUAAUAAGACUGUUAUAAAAUAAACAUUUUUGUUAUUUUUUAAUGUGUAAAUUAUUUAGUGCAUCGAGUCCAUGUUUGAGAUUACCGCAGUAUUCGAGACGUAAUUAUUUUUAGUUGUAACAAUGUAGCCAUAGCCAUUUUUAAUGUUAAUUUUAUUAUAUUUUGUCUAUAUGCAGUAAAAUAAAUUAUUGUUACAACAUUUUUUGAGAUAUAAAGACCUUAAUUUGUA